ACACCCUCUGGUCUGGCUACGGCUACGCCAGUGCUGCCCUGAUCGCCCGCCGCCCGUCCUGCCCUCAAAACCCUAGCUCGCCCUAAACCGUGGCACCCACCGCCGCCCCUCAUCCUGUGCCGGCGUUCGUCUUCCGAAGCGGCGGAGACCCUCGAUCUAGGUUGAUAUAAACAGCAAGAGGGCAUCAAAUUGUACCAAAAGGCGCCAAAGAAGUACAGAUUGCAACAGAAGCGAUGGGAUGUAUUAGUAAAAAGAAUAUGGCUGCGCCGGAGCAAGGACCAAUUACUUUACCUGGUAAAAAGAAGUGCUUUGCUUGUAAAGAGACAUCACACAAUUUGGAUCAAUGUAGGAUAAAAGACAAACUGGGUACUGUGGCCCGGCUAUUUGGACGUUCUACAAGCUUUCCAUUCUACAUGAUCCAACCUUCAAAGGAAGUUGUCAAAAAUGAAAAAUUGUACCACCACUGCCUGCUGAUCACUUCUAAUACCUGUAACUUGGACCCGGCAAGAGUGAAAACUGAACUAAACAAGUUCUGGGAGCUGACUGAUGACUGGGAUAUAAGGAGAGAAGGUAGACAGAAUUUCGUAGCAUCCUUCAACUCAGAGGAUGACCUGCUAAGCUGUUUAAAGCCUCCCAAUGUAGAAACAUUUCUGGAUGAAAAGGAGGUGAAUUUCAGUGUAGCAAUGUGGGAUGGAGGCGAUGGGGAAAAGCUUGACUUGAUCAAAGAGUGGCUUUUGGUCUAUGGGGUCCCAGAUGCAUACAGAAACUGGAAGGAGCUAUAUCAAGUGGCAUCUGCAGUUGGAGUUCUGCUUGAGGUGGAUGAGGAAAGUUUGGAAAGUGGAGAUAAGGAGCCUAUUAGAUUGAGGAUAGCAUUAGGAAGUCUUGUUGGUGCUCCUUUCUCUUACCACUUUGUGUUUGGAUGGUCUUCUAGACUAGUCGAGUUCAUGAUUGAAGACAAAGUAAGAAGGAUAGAAGGGCAAUGGAAGGAAGUAGAAGAACGGAAUGUUAGCGUGAUGAAGGAAUAUGCAGAUGCAAGGGAAGAAGGUAUUGAGGUACCUCCAGAAACAAUGAAUAAAGGAAUUGAUUUGGAGGGCACUGGAGUAGAUUUCGCAGGCAAUUCUUCUUUGGAUUUCAGAAGUUGCUCAGGCAAGGAAUGUAAAGAAGAACUGAAGACCACAGAACAGAAUGGUAGCGUCAGGAAGGAAUAUGCUGAUAUAAGAGAAGAAGGUAUUGAGGUACCUCCAGAAACACUGAAUGAAGGAAUGGAUUUAGAGGCCACUGGCGUAGAUUUUACAGGCAAUUGUUCUUUUGAUCUUGGAAGUUGCUCAGGCAAGGAAUGUAAAGAAGAACUGAAGAACACAGAGACAGCUACAUUGCUGGAAGCGGCAAAGUUCAUUGCAGAGCUAAGAGCUGAUGAAGACAUCAAGGGAAACAGCGCAAGUGCUAUGGCAGCCACCACAACAAACUCGAAGAACGCAGCAAAAGGGGGCCAAUCCCCAAGUGAAAACUCAGCAGGAGGUUAUCAUAUAUCGGGUUUGGAAGAUUGCUCAGACAAGGAACGUCAAAAGAAACUGAAGACCUGCGAUAUGGCUACGUUUCUGCAAGCGUCGAAGUUCACUGAAGAGUUAAGAAUUGAUGGAAAGAUCAAAGAAAACAAUGCAAGUGCUAUAUUGGGCACCAGAACGAACUCCGAGAGAGCUACAGAAGACAUUCCAAAAGCUACAGAAGCGGCAAAGUUCAUUGCAGAGCUAAGAGAUGAUGAGGACAUCAAGGGAAACAGCGCAAGUGCUAUGGCAGCCACCACAACAAACUCGAAGAACGCAGCAAAAGGGGGCCAAUCCCCAAGUGAAAACUCAGCAGGAGGUUAUCAUUUGUUGGGUUUGGAAGAUUGUUCAGACAAGGAACGUCAAAAGAAACUGAAGACCUGCGAUAUGGCUACGUUUCUGCAAGCGUCGAAGUGCACUGAAGAGUUAAGAAUUGAUGGAGAGAUCAAAGAAAACAAUGCAAGUGCUAUAGUGGGCACCAGAACGAACUCCGAGAGAGCUACAGAAGACAUUCCAAAAGCUACAGAAGACAUGGCUACAUUGCUGCAAGUGUCGAAGUUCACUGAAGAGUUAAGAACUGAUGGAGAGAUCAAAGAAAACAGUGCAAGUGCUAUAGUGGGCACGAGAACGAACUCUGAGAGAGCUACAGAAGACAUUCCAAAAGCUGAAGGUGGGCAAUCCAUAUGCGGAAGUAUGGACAAACCAGCUAUAAAAAAUGUGUACACAAGAAGAAAUCGGAAGCAAAAAGAAUCGACAGAAGGUUCCACCUUGUUUGCUCACAUCAAUUCUGACAGUACCUGUGAAGGUAUACAGAAGCCACCUAUAAAAAAUGCAUACGAGGGAAGUGAUCCCAAGCAAAAAGGAUACACAGGGGGACAAGUUGCUUCAAUGGAACUGAACAAAGCAAUGAACCCAGGGAGCAGCAGUCACGCUGACUGUACGAGAAACAAAACAGAAGCAAAGACUCUGGGAGCUGAAGGAGCACAAUCUAUCAAGGGAAGUUCAGCAUGCAUGAUUAGAGUAACUCGGUCAAAAGGUGUUGACGAGGCUGGAACGACACUACAAGGAGAUCGGCUAACUCAAUUUUACGAGGAGUUCAACACAUAUAAUGAAAUCUAUGACAGUUUCGUUGAGAUGGGUCUUCGAGAAAAUCUGCUGAAAGGAAUAUAUGCAUAUGGUCUGGAGAAGCCUUCUGCAGUCCAUCAACGAGGAAUUGUCCCAUUGUGCAAGGGUCUGGAUGUUAUUCAGCAGUCACUCUCUGGAACAACUGUGACACUUGCCUGUGGAGUUCUCCAGCGACUGAAUUAUGGAUCCACAGAAUGCCAAGCUUUGAUUCUUGUACCAACGCGUGACUUGGCACAGGAGACUGAGAAAGUUAUUGGAGCACUUGGUCAGUGGCUAGGUGUCAAAGCUCAUGCCUGUCUUGGAGGAACUAGUAUUCGUGGGGACAAGCAAAGUUUGUCCAACAGCACUCAGGUUAUUGUCGCUACUCCUAGCCGCGCGCUUGACAUGCUGAGAGGACAAGCGCUCUGUCCAGAUAACAUCAGGAUGUUUGUCUUGGAUCAAGCAGAUGAAACACUCGCAGGAGGAUUGAAGAACCAGAUCUAUGAUAUUAUCCAGCUUCUCCCAGCCAAAAUACAGUUUGCUGUAUUCUCGACCGUCAUGUCCCAUGAAGCUCUCGAACUUUGCCGGAAAUGCAUGAAUAAGCCUAUGAAGGUCAUCGUGCCAAAAGAUGAAGAACUUGAGAGUUUUAGUAUUAAGCAGUUCUAUGUUAAAGCUGAGGAGGAAGAACUGAAGUUUGAAAAAUUAUGUGAUCUUUUUGACACCAUGGCGGUCAAGCAAAACAUCAUCUUUGUCGAUGCACGUCAAAAGGUCAAGUCACUGACUGAAAAGAUCAGGGGCAGGGGGUACACUGUCUCAGCAAGCCAUGGUGGUAUGAACCAGCACGAGAGAGAUGUUGCCGUCCAGGAUCUUCGAUCGGGAUCAUCCCUUGUCCUUGUCACCACCGAUCUUCGCGGCGCCGACACAUUGCAGGUCCCUGUUGUCAUCAACUAUGAUCUGCCAACACAAGCAAUACAAUACAUUCGUCAUGUUCGACGAAGUGGACAGCCUGGAGGGAAUGGUGUUGCUAUCAGCUUCAUUGCUCCUGCUGACAGGCGUGUCCUGUCUGAUAUCCAAAGGUUCUGCAAUGCUCAGAUGGAGGAGUUACCUUCCAACGUCGCUGACCUCCUGUGAGCAAUUCUAUAUGGCGUGCAGAUGGCUAUGUAUACUUCUUGCUAUCGUUGCCCGGAGAGCUGCGCAACAGCUACAUCUUGUUGAAACGUGGGAAUUGUCUUGUGGGAUUGGAACUUGUUGAGUAAACGGGUAUUUAUGUCAUGGUGGUUCGAUACUGAACUUAAUGUGGUGCAAAUAGUUGUUUGAAAUGUUUUGUUGGUUCA